GGGUAGAGGCGUGUUUAGUUUUAACAUAACAGAAGCGUACCCUGGAAUUGCCGAGGGGAUGCACAGAUGAGUCAAGAGUUUUCUCGGCCGGGAGGGAGGAGGGAAGCUUCGUUCCCUCUUUUAACCCAAGUCUCCCCUGGCCGCUCGCUCCAAUUUUUUCUCGCUUUCUGUAAUCGCCACCUUGCAAGCUACGCGUUUGUUUUGCCACAGCAAGCUCGUGUGUAUAUUGUUUGCUUGAAUGGUCGACAGUCAAGCGGAAUGGAACGCGGAAUGCAAAUCAAUAGCUUCAUAUGAUUCUAGAUAUUGACAUUGUUAAAUAACACGCCACGUCUCUUGCCUCAGUUAUGGAGGAACCAGUGUCUAAAUACAGAGUGUUCCUUCUACAGUUAGCGCAACAAUUAACAGAUGAGGACUGCCGAGGUAUGAAAUUCCUCGCAGCAGACUUUAUUCCUCGGGCCAAGCGCGAUGCCAUUGAAGGUGUUCUAGAAUUCUUUUGUGAGCUUGAGGACUGUAAAAGAAUGAAUGCAGAUAAUCUAGACAUUCUGAAGUUUUUGCUAAUGCAGUUGAAGCAUUUUGCUUUGGUGAAGAAAGUUGAAGAAUUUGAGCUAGAAAGGAGGGUCUUCGCGCAGUCUUUGUUGGAUAUAAGGAAGAAACAAUCGUGUAAUCAAGAUCCGAAUAAUAACACUAUCGCAAAGAACAGCCUAGAAGGUGACAGUUCACACGGUACUCAUUCACACGAGUCUAGGAAGCAUGGUGAGCUUUCUGCACGUGUCGUCCUUGAGCUUGCCGGUAGAGGGGCCUGGUACCUAGGUUGUGGCUACAUUCUCAAUCGAUACAAGGAUGACCCAGACACCUUAGCGCACCUAGUGACCACCGUGGUUCUUCCUACGGGUAUCCUGAUGAAGACCCUAUCGAAAGGCUCCAUCACAAUAGUGUUCCAAGCCAACGAUCUUGAUGCUUUACGCGAGUUUUGGAAAAGGUACCGUGACGGCACAUUGCGUGACGCGCUCUAUAGGGUUUUAGUCACGGAAGAGCUCGUCCAGCUCGCUGCGAAGAGGACCUUUGUGUUCAAGGUUGAGAUGGAUGAAACAGAGUACAGAGACGCUUUGCUUGACUUGCUGGUCGUUAAGCUUGAAGCCAACGGUUUGCUGAAGACUAUAGCAUCUUCAAGGUCUAGACGUCGAUCUAAAUCUCUUCCGGAUAUGGCGUCACUGGUGUUGAACUCAUCACGUGAAUGCCCACGUGACAUCCACGUGACCUUGGCUUCUGAACUCAAGAAGCGAAAUAGCGAGCUCUGGGAUAUACUUCUGAAAUUCGGAAAUCGCCGGAUUACGCAUGAGCUGAAACGUGAACCCGCUACACCACGUAUUACUUUUACCUCAGGUGAGGAAGGUACCCUGCUGAAUGAACUUCUAGGCACCAGGCUAUUGCAAGAGAUCUCGGUCUGUCUUGACCGUAAGAUGGCUUUUGGGAAUGACUGGCGCCAACUGUCCAGUGUGUUUGGUUACAAGAUGGCUCAGAUUCGUUGCUGGGAGAGACAGCCUUCGCCAACGGCAGCGAUGCUUGAUCGAUUAGCCGAAGAGAGGCCGGGCAUCACAACAAAUGAGCUGGUCAACACUUUGUCAGGCAUUGAUCGGAAUGACGUCGCUGUUUUGUUACAGAAAGGUUUGUGCGCAAGUCAGACCACACACGAGACCAUGUAUCUCCUUGUCGACCUCCCAUUCAGCAUCCGCCGCGACAUGGCCAUGGAACUAGAUCAGGACCCUGAGAAAUUCAACAACGUGGUCCAGCAAUGCCUUGAAAGCCUGAGCACCGUGCAAAUAGAGUGCCUUCGCAGGCAGCCCUCCCCGACUAUGGCCUUCUUGGACCAGCUCGAGGCUAAGAUGCCGCUUCUCUCUGUGAAGUCUAUAAGUGACGCCUGUGAGAUGAGUGGCGCUACUCACUCUGCGUUACUCAUAGACAAGUAUUUGAUGUCUAACGGCGCCAUGAUUGUAAAAGAACUGACGUCAGCGUCGAUCACAAAUCGGUUGCUUUGGACAUCUAGAGGUUGGCACGGGACACGUGCUGAUAGCGUGGAUUCGGGUAUUUUUCAAUCCGAGCCGAGCUCACCUUGACAGAGGAAAAAAAUAACAUGAAAUUUUCCAAUUCUCAAUAUAUAAGCUCAAGAUUCUGCAUACAAGGAGUUCAUCUGACUAAAAGCUUAAUUCCAAAUUUUAAAGAAAUUUAGAAGAUAUGUAAUUU